AUGGUUGAGCGCGAUAAUGAGACAGCUGCUGACUCUUCAUCUUCUGACGAAGAGAUGGAGACAGAGGAUACAGAAACCAAUAAAAUGGAAGCUGCUGCUUUAGCCAGAAAGAAACGCUUAUUGGAAAUGAAAUCCCGCCUGAACGGAAUUGAGAUGAAGGAAGAAGAUUAUAAAGAAGAAGAUGAAGCUACCAAGAAAAGCAAACUGGAAGAGCCACAUUUCAGAAGCUACCAACCAGUAUCUGAGGAAAUAGGAAAGACAGAACAAUCCAUACCAAAGCUUGAUGUUGUAGAGGAAAUCAUUGCUUCGCACUUAGAAGACACGAAGAAUGUGAAGCCUGUUGAAACCGUUGAAUUGUCCACCUUAGCCCCUAAAAAGAUUGAUUGGGAUUUGAAGAGGGACAUUGAAAAGAAACUUCAAUAA